CAUCGAAAUCAGGAAAAAAAAAAUUAAACUAUCAUGGCUGUUGGAAUGGCGUCAUAAAUAGUCUCUGACGUUGUUUAUAUUUGUGCAAAAAUAAUUUGAAGAGUGUUUUAUUGUGUUUUAAAUACCCGUUCAUUAGAAAUACAAUGUGAUUAAUCUUUUAAAUGGUUAUAUGGACAAUCAAAGAUAAUGUUUUAAGAGUCUUGUAACGAAACAAUGUCAAACAAUACUGUCGGCUCGUCAGGGCAUGCUCCCGGCAAAAUACGUGGACCUGGAAGACCCCCUAAACGGACAUGCACUUGGUGUGCUGAGAGUAAAACGCCUUUGAAGUAUGUUUUGCCUACGGAAAAUGGGAAAAAAGAAUUUUGUUCAGAAACGUGUUUGUCAGAAUUCCGACAAGCAUAUAGCAAAGGCGCUUGUCUUCACUGUGACAAUGUUAUACGCGGCAAUGCUCCAUCCAGUAGCAAAAAUUUUUGUUCGACGUAUUGUUUAAAUAAAUAUCAAAAGAAAAAUGAGAAGAGAACAACUUCGCCGCAAUCAGGGAAUGGAGCGAACGGUACCGAACCUCAUCAGAACAAUAAUUCGACAGGAUCGUUCUAUGACAUAUACCAGUCGUUUGAUUGGAAUGAAUAUAUGAAGGAAACUAAUAGUGUUGCUGCACCCCAAGAGUGUUUUAAGCAAGCUCCAAAUCCUCCAGUGAAUGACUUUAAAGUUAAUAUGAAACUCGAAGCUUUGGACCCUCGUAAUUUGACAUCAACUUGCAUUGCUACAGUUGUUGGUGUAUUGGGUCCGAGAUUGAGGCUUAGACUUGAUGGCAGUGAUAAUAAAAAUGAUUUUUGGAGGCUUGUUGAUGCUGGUGAUAUUCAUCCUAUAGGUUAUUGUGAGAAAAAUGAUGGUAUGUUGCAACCACCUCUUGGUUUUCGUAUGAAUGCCAGCAGUUGGCCUAUGUUCUUGCUGAAAACAUUAAAUGGGGCGGAGAUGGCUCCAUCAAAGGUCUUUCAACCUGAACCACCUACUCCUAAAUCAAAUUUGUUUGUUGUUGGUCAAAAAUUAGAAGCUGUUGAUAAAAAAAAUCCACAACUUAUAUGUUGUGCAACUGUUGGUGCCGUGAAAAAUGAUCAGAUACAUGUUACUUUUGAUGGUUGGAGGGGGGCUUUUGAUUACUGGUGUAAAUAUGACUCUCGAGACAUAUUUCCUGUUGGCUGGUGUGCAAGAGCAGGUCACUUAUUACAGCCACCUGGUCAAAAAAGUGCUACAGCGCCUUCUAGAUUUAAAUUGCGUCCCAGUGGUAUUCCUAAUCCAGCUUUACCAGAAGGGGGAUCAACUGGUACAGGCAAUGCAAAUGGAGCUAACACUGUAACUCCAUUAGCAAAUGUUGUUUUACGUAUCCGUAAUAGUUGUUCUGGAGGGAAUGCCGCCUUACCAUCCUCCAUCACCGGUGUCGGUGCUUCAGGUGUAGCUGAAAACCUAGUUAAAGAGUUACUUGUUACAUAUACAGAUCCUCAAAAACUUACAAGGGCAAUACUUACUGCAUCAAAUAGCUAUUCAAAUAAUACUAAUGUACAGGUAUCAGUUGGCAAUAAGAAUUACCCAGUUAAAGUGCCUCAGGAAUUAUCAACCGAAGACCUAAAGAAUUGGUUAAAAUUAGUGUGUAAUGGUAUAGGGUGCUGUGUGGGAAUGAUAGAAAUAGAUACAGGUGAAGCCGCAGGACGGCCUUGUACACUGUGUGGUGAAUCUACCUCAAAUACUGUCACAUCUGCAGUUAAAAGACCGAAAAGUGAGUCUCCAACUCCAUGCACUAAUGGCGAUUCCGGUUGUAAGCUGGCUCGUGUGUCUCCUGAACGUCCUGAGCCGGCGUCAUCGACAACGUGUGCCCCCCCUCCCCCUGCCCCCGCCGCCGCCCCCGCCGACUGGUCCGUGGAGGAUGUCAUCGGAUUUAUCGCUGCAGCUGACCAAGCUCUUGCCGCCCAUGCUGAUCUAUUCAGGAAGCAUGAAAUAGAUGGCAAGGCGCUCUUGUUAUUGAAUUCUGACAUGAUGAUGAAAUACAUGGGUCUGAAACUUGGUCCCGCCUUAAAAAUAUGCAAUUUGGUAUCUAAAAUAAAAAAUCGUCGACAUUAUAGCACCUAGCUUAUGUAGAAUCGGCUUCACUCUCUUGAAGUCGAACCUAUUAUGGAUUUUUUAGCUUUGGCUUAUAGUAUUCCUAUUUUUGCAUUUUCACUUAACACUAUACAUUGCAAGCUUUCGUUAUUAGAUAUUGAAUCUCACCAGACUUUGAUCACAUUAGGAACACAAAGGAGAUACAAAAGUACAAAAUUUGAUAUGUAAUAAGGGUGUUGAUCUGUGAGGUCAUUCUGCAUAUUAAUUUGCUUAUAGUGCUUCAACUAAGAUUAUUUCAUAAAAGUAUUGGAGAGAAACUGUUUUGGUAUAAAAUAUUUUUUCUGUUCACCUAUUGUUAUAAUAACUAGUAAUAUUUAAUGCUGUUUGGAUUUUCAAAUGUAAUUACUAUUUCCUGUAAGAUAAAUUAUAGAAUAGUCAUGUAAAUAAGUAUUUCCAUUGAGUGAACAUGCAUUUAAUGUAGUUUGUACUCAUAAUGCAGUAUAUCAUAUAUAAUUAAGUCUUGAGAGUUGUUAAACAUUUCACUUUAUUAUUUGUUAUUUCUUAUGUACAUAUUUUAAUGAAUUGGCUAGUCGUUUACAGAAUAAUGCUAAACUUUGAUGCUUGAUACAUAAGCCCACACAGUUAUUUUUAUUUAUUUUAACAAUAAUUCUUUGUAUAAAACAAUUUACAUGUAAUGUUUGGUCACACAUGAGGUUUAAUUCAUUAGCUGUGUCGACAUUUGUAUCAAUAAACAAAUAGAAAAUUUAGUAUAUGAACAGAAAUUUUAUUGUAGAUUAGGUCUAGUGCCUUUCAAUAAUUAGAAGUACUUCCCUGCCGCGUAAAGUCCAAAUACAUAACUCCAAUGACAUGUCUACUUAAUAUAAAUAACUGUUUAAUAUACAUUUUUUAUAUUUACAAACUGUGAAUAUAUACGAUUUACAGUUUUAUAUAAGGAAUAUCUCGUUUCGCCGCCAAGUGCCCGUGUCAGCAUUCUGUAUUAUUAGUGAUGUUCCUUGUUUAUCGAUGAUUAAUAUAUUGACUUCUCACAUAUGUUUUUAUAUCAUUUAAUAUAAUUGGAUAUAAUUUUGCCAUUGGAAGGGUUAUUGUAACAAUCUAAUGUUUCAUGUGAUAUCUCACUGUUAUUUGUUAUAGUGAUAUAGAAAUAAAAAAUAUAUAUAUAAAUAAAAUUAUGUUGCUAUGUAAAUUUAGUGUUAUUUUAAGUUGAUGCAUGACAACUACUAUGUGUAGAGACGUUUAUAUCAAAUCCAUGUUGCCUUUAUUGUUGCUGUAAAUAUAUUAUAUGUGAUUUGGAUGUAAGGUUACUUUAGUGGGUUUAAUUAGUUAGGAUAUUUAGAGCACACGGAUUUUUGAGUUUUAAUUUCGUGGUAUUAUUAAAAUGCACUUAAUAAUUUAGUAUGUUCCUUUGAUUUUCAGCUUUUUAUUUGAUUAAUUUAAACAUAUUAAUUAUAAAUAAAAAUGUUUUAUUUUUUUUUAUAAAGAAAGAUAGUGUAUGUAGCAAUAAAUAUUGUGGUAUAUAAUAUUGUAUGUAUUUAUUGUUCCAGAGAAUAUAAUAAUAAAAUUGUAUGAGUCUGUAUAUAAUAUAUAGAAUAAAAGUGAAAAUACUAUCACUUUACAAAGCUAUUAUUUUAUUACGGUAGAAUUUUUAAUAAUUUUAAUAUGUACAUAGCUGAAUAAUUCGAGACAGAUGUGUAUAAAUAAAAUAAAGUCAAAUAGAAAA